AGUUGAACGGGUGGGAGAGGACCACAGGCUGCGGGGAAGUCGUGCAUCGCCGAGAGACGAGUCCUAGCCGGGAGACAGGAGGAAGAGAGAAAGCAGGGGGAAAAUACGAUUGAAUCCGGACCUGAUACGAGACUAACGCCACAUUGCGAGAUCGCGAACAGAAAGCUCUGAAGUCGUCCAGGUUCAUCAGCUGAGAGGAAACGACAGGACGAAGGUCUCGAGGGCAGGAUCUCUUCAGGUGUCUUGAGAGCAGGAUCUUUUCAGGUGCUCCGGUGUUGUUCGGACACUGCAUGUGCUCUGGUCGGGACUGACUUCACUCUGACCAGAAGGGGGAAGGUUUUUUCACGUUGCCCUUGGCUUUGACCAGAGAGGGGGGAAGGUUUUCCACGUUGCGCAUAUCGUGCAGCCCCAGCAUGGACAGGAAGAGGAAGUGGAGCGUCGGUGGAGGAGCCGUGCUCUGGCUCCUCUCGGCUCACGUCUCUGUGGCCUUGGAAGUUCCUCUGGACCCUAAAGUUCUGGAAGGAUUGCCACAACCACCAACAAUCACUUACGAGUCCCCGAAAAAUUACAUCAUCGACCCACGGGAAAACAUCAACAUCAACUGCGAGGCGAAAGGACAGCCUCACCCCAGCUUCUCAUGGACGCGGAACGGGACACACUUUGACGUGGACAAAGACCCCAAGGUGACCAUGAAGCCGAACUCGGGGUCGCUGGUCAUCGACAUCAGCAACGGAGAGAAGGUGGAGGCCUACGAGGGCAUAUACCAGUGCACAGCGCACAAUGAUCACGGCGUCGCGGUGUCCAACAAUAUUGUCGUCCGCCAGUCAAGGUCCCCCUUGUGGUCGAAGGAGAGAAAUGAGCCCAGGUUGGUCCAGAGGGGAGACUCCCUGAUCCUGCACUGCAGACCCCCAGCGGGGCUGCCUCCACCCGUGAUCUUCUGGAUGGACCCAUUUUUCCAGCGUCUGCCACAGAACAGCCGUGUGUCCCAGGUGUUGAAUGGGGACCUGUACUUCUCCAACGUGCUGAUGGAGGACGCCCGCAGUGACUACAUCUGCUACGCCCGCUUCCCCUACACCCAGACCAUACAGCAGAAGCAGCCCAUCACUGUCAGAGUGAUAGACAACGCUGGUGCCGUGGGUGAGCGGAAGCCCACCUUCAUGUUACCAACUGGAACCAGCAGCACCUCCAUGGUGCUGAGGGGAGAGAGACUGCAGCUGGAGUGCAUCGCAGACGGCCUUCCUACACCGGAGAUCUCGUGGAGUAAAGACAACGGCGUCCUCCCCGAGGGACGCUUCUCCUUCCAGAACUUCAAAAAGACCCUGCAGAUCACCGAGGUGACCGAGACCGAUGCCGGCAACUACAGGUGCACGGCCAAGAACAGCCAGGGAGACGCCCACCACGUCAUCACCGUGGAAGUGAAAGCUGCCCCCUACUGGACUGGUGCCCCUCGGAACCUCAUCCUGGCCCCCAAAGAGAGCGGCAUCCUCACAUGCCUCGCUGGGGGCAACCCCAAACCCAAGGUGGCAUGGUCUGUGAAUGGGAUGCCCAUUCAAAAUGCCCCCAACGACACCAGUCGCGAGGUGAGGGGCGACACCAUCUUCCUCUCCGACGUCCCCACAGGGUCCAGCGCUGUCUACCAGUGCAACGCCUCCAAUGAGUUCGGCUACCUGAUGGCCAACGCCUUCGUCAAUGUCCUUGCGGAGCCACCACGAGUGCUCACUCCGCCCAAUAACGUGUACCAGGUCAUCACCAACAACCUCGCCUUACUCCACUGUGCCUCGUUCGGAUCCCCUAUUCCCACCAUCACCUGGUUCAAGGAUGGCCAGACCAGUAUACUGAACGGAGAUCCGUAUGUACUUCACACCAACGGCACGCUGGAGAUCCAUGUGGCCCAGCCCUUGCACAGCGGCAAGUACACCUGCAUCGCCACCAACUACCUGGGCAGCAAGGAGAACCACGUCUACCUAGAGGUCAAAGAGCCCACACGCAUUCUGAAGCAGCCGGAGUAUAAAGUGGUCCAGCGUGACAGGAAGGCAGUGUUUGAGUGCAAGGUCAAGCAUGACCCCACCCUCAUCCCCACCAUGGUCUGGCUCAAGGACGGCGGAGACUUACCCGACAAUGACAGGUUUGUGAUUGGUGCAGACACCUUGACCAUCUCUGACGUGACUGAGGCCGAUGAGGGCACGUACACCUGCAUCAUGAACACCACCCUGGACCAGGACUCCGCCAGCGCAACGCUCACCGUAGUAGAGGCCACACCCACUCCGGCCAUCGUUUACGAGAGACCAGACCCGCCUACUGACCUGGAGCUUACCGAUCAGAUGGAGAGGAGCGUCCAGCUCACCUGGAUCCCCGGAGAUGAACACAACAGCCCCAUCGAGAAGUUCCUCCUCCAGUACGAAGACUCCCUUCAUGAGCGGGGAGUGUGGGUCAACAUGACGGAGGUCCCUGGCACCAAGACCACGGCCCGGCUGGACCUGUCUCCAUACGUGUACUACUCCUUCAGGGUUCUGGCACUGAAUGAUGUGGGCUACAGUGAGCCCAGUGUACCAUCGGAACAGUACCGGACCAGUCCAGCCAAGCCAGAUGACAAUCCAUCAGAUGUUGAAGGUUUUGGAACAGACCCCAAGAAUCUAGUUAUAUCAUGGAAGCCACUGACGGGUCUCCAGUCCAACGGUCCGUACCUGCAGUACGUGGUGAGCUGGAGGCAGAAGGAUCUGGACCAGGAGUGGGCCACCGUCACCGUGGAAAACGUCUCGCAGUACGUGGUGCCCGAGACGCCCACCUUCGUGCCCUUCGAGAUCAAGGUCCAGGCCAUUAACCGCUACGGGUCGGCACCCGAGCCCCAGGUGGUGGAGGGAUACUCCGGCGAAGAUUUGCCCUCAGCAGCUCCAGCCAGUGUGAAAGUCGAGGCAGGAAAUGACACGAUCGCAGAGGUCAGCUGGGAGCCUGUUCCCAUGGCAACAGUCCAUGGAAAACUACAAGGCUAUAAGGUGUACUACUGGAGGGAGAAGAGCCUGCUGCAGGAGGACUCGGAGCCCGAGGAGGUCCAGGUGAUGGUCUUCAGCGGGAACAAGACGGAGGGCAAGGUGCCUGGCCUGCACCCCUACAGCCUCUAUAACAUCCAGAUCAGGGUGUUCAACGGCAAGGGAGAGGGCCCACAAAGCGUCACGCAGACGUUUGAGACGCCCGAAGGAGUUCCCGGACCUCCAGCCUUCCUCCACUUCACUGACCUCAGCCUGGACUCUCUGACGCUGGUGUGGGGACCGCCCAAGCAGGACAACGGCCGCCUGACAGGCUUCACGCUCAAAUACCAGCCCGUGAACAACACGAGCGAGCUCGGUCCCAUGGAGGAAAUGACCCUGCCGGCCAACGAGACGAAGCUCACCCUCUCCAGCCUGAAACAGAGCACCCGCUACAAGUUCUACAUCAGCGCCAACACAAUCAAGGGAGCUGGCCCCACCAUCACAGAGGAGGUCGUCACCAUCAUAGACACUGCGUUUUUGAGGCCGCCCACCUCAGGAGUGGGCAAAGCUCGUCCCACCAGCCGGCCGUUCGGAAGGGUAAACUCAUCCGUGGAGCAAAACGGAGCUGUUAUAAGCUGGGAGUACUCGGGUCCAGAUAACAUUUACGUGGAAUAUAAUGUAGAAAACAGUAAGGACGCGUGGACUAAAGAGUUUGUAAACGGCACACAAACGUAUCUGAUUAAGGGUCUAAAGGCGGGCACGUCGUAUAGGGUGCGAGUGGUGGCCAAAGACCACUCGGACCAAACGCUGCACAGCACAGAUGAGCUGGUCAUUACGGUCCCAGACCCUGCUACGAAGUAUGCCGCUGACAUCAAAGUGAAGUUCCCUAAAACCUAUGCCCUGCUUGCCAAAAACAUCACCCUGGAGUGCUUCGCUCUUGGAAAUCCUAUUCCGCAUAUCCGCUGGAGGAAACUGGACGCGGACCUACCGCCCAACUACGAGGUGACGAUGAACGGAGCUCUGCUGCACCUGACCAACGUGCAGUACGAGGACGAGGGCAGUUACGAGUGCGAGGCCCUCAACGUCAAAGGCAAAGACUGGCACAGGCAGUGGGUCUACGUGGAAGGACCCCCAGAGUGGGCCUCGCACAUCAACAACACGGAGAUGGACGUGGGCAGUAAGCACACCAUGCGAUGUGCCGCUAUGGGGAAGCCCUGGCCCUGGAUACGCUGGCUGAAGGACGGCUACUCGUAUGGUAAAGGAGAGCUGCAGUUCGACAGUCUCACGUUCACUCACUCUGGCAUGUACCAGUGCGUGGCGGAGAACCCGUGGGGAACCAUCUAUGCCAACGCUGAACUCAGAGUGACCGCCUGCGCUCCAACGUUUGAGUACAACCCUGUGCGGAAACAGCUGCUGGGGGCCAGGGAUGGCCGCGUGGUCAUCGAAUGCAAACCCCGAGCGGCACCACGGCCCACAUUCACCUGGUUGAAGGGGAAGGAGAAGCUCGGCAACUCCACCAGGUAUUCAGUGUGGCUAGAUGGUAGUCUGGAGAUCUUCAAUGCCACAAACGAGGAUGAGGGGGUGUACACCUGCUUUGCUGAGAAUGACCGGGGCAAAGCCAACAGCACGGGGACUCUCACCAUCACUGAUGCCACUAAGAUCAUUGUGGCCCCUUCUGAUGUGGACAUCAUGGUUGGGGACAGCACAGUGCUUCCCUGCACGGCCUCCUUUGACCCCAUGCUGGACCUGACCUUCAUCUGGACUGUGGACUCCAUCCUCAUCGAUUUCGACCUGAUGAAGAAGCACUUUGAGCUGUUGCUGGAUCGAGAGAACAGUGGUGACCUGUUGAUAAAGAACGCUCUUGCAAAACACUCGGGCCGAUACUCCUGCACUGCCCAGACUGUAGUUGACAAUGUGACAGUUAUAGCUGAUGUCGUAGUCCAAGGCCUGCCUGGCCCCCCAGGUGGAGUGAUGGUGAUGGAGGUGAGGGACACGGCAGUGAAGCUCAUCUGGACCCGGGGCAGCGAGCACGGCCUGCCCAUCAAACACCACCUCAUCCAGACGCGAGACUACUACGCCCUCGAUCCUGACGACUGGAAGGACGCAAAGACCUCUCCUGUGUUUCUUGAUCGUUUUGCGACGGCGGCUGAGGUGGUGGACCUCUACCCUUACAUGCAGUAUGAAUUCCGGGUGAUUGCCGUCAACGAAAUGGGCCCUGGCGAGUCCAGCUGGCCCUCCAAGAAGAUCACGACCUGGGAUGCAGUUCCUGCGGCGGCUCCAACAGACGUCGGAGGCUUUGUAGGGAUUAACGGCGAGCUCACCAUCACCUGGACGCCCAUUCAACCACAAUAUUACUAUGGGAAGAAGUGCGGCUACGUGGUGGCCUUCAAACCGCAUGAGAACUACGACUGGGGGUGGGCCACAGUGACCGACCCCGAGACCAGACGCUACGUCCACAGGGACCUGUACAUCACCCCAGGAACAGAGAUCCAGGUCAAGGUCAAGGCGUACAACACCAAAGGAGAAGGGCCCUACAGCCUGUCCUCUGUCGUCUAUGCACCAGAGGGGGUGCCCACGGAGCAGCCUCUGGAUGUGUACGCUCGUCCUGUGAGUGCCACGGAGGCCUUGGUCUGGUGGCUGCCUGUCUUCCUGCAACCUCCGCUGCAGUGGGUGGACGGCUACCAGGUGCGGUACUGGAGAAAGUAUGACGACAACGAGGCGGCGGCACAGCGGAUUCUCGUGGGGAACGGCGUGAACAACACGCGUCUAGAGAACAUGCUCCCCGACUCGCACUACCUCAUUGAGGUGCGCGCCUACAACGGAAUCGGCCUUGGCCCACCCAGUGAGCACUGUGAGAUGUUCACCAGAAGACCACCUCCGGACCGCAGGCUGCGGCUCUUUAAGUACGUCAGCUGGAGUGGGAAAUGGCUCUACCUGUCCUGGGACCACAUCUACAGCUACUGGAACGAGUCCUUCAUCGAGGGCUACAAGAUUCUGUACAGGAAGGUGGGCUACCGGUAUGGGAAGCUCUACACCACCGGUAGGCACUACAUAGACUUCCCCUACCCUGAGACGGGCGACUGGGUCAUCGAGGUGCGUGCCCACUGCGAGGGUGGAGACGGACCAGUCGGACGUGUCUCUGUCCAGGGAGAGCUAGCGGGUGCCAUCCUCAGCACUCAGUCUUUGAGUCUGGGCUCUCUUCUGCUGUUUGUCAUGGGCACGAUGGCUAUCAACCUGUAGUGCUGCCUACACACACACACACACACACACACAAAUACGUAAUACGUACACACAGAUGCACAGACAAACAUACAAAACAAACUCAUUCACACUUAAUUACAUUAAACAGACUUUAUUACUGUAAGCCAAGAAUCUGGACAUGGACGACAGCUGAAGUAUCUAAACAACCAAUAGU